CCCCGCGCAGGCGCCGCGCCGCCCGCCGCUUCCUGCCCGGCGCUCCCGCAUGGAGCGGGCGGGGGGCGAGCCGAGGGGUGGCGGCAGCGCGGGUGUCGCUCGCCGCUUCAUCUGCUCCUUCCCCGGCUGCGAAGCCACCUUCAACAAGAGCUGGAAGCUGGAUGCGCACCUCUGCCGGCACACGGGCGCGAGGCCGUACGUUUGCAAUUACGAAGGCUGUGGUAAAGGCUUCACGAGGGAUUUCCACCGUGCUCGACACCUUCUCACCCACACUGGGGAAAAGCUGUUUGAGUGCACAGCUGAUGGAUGCAAUGAGAAAUUUGGAAUAAAAUCCAACUUAAAGAAACACAUUCAGCGCAAGCAUGAAAAUCAGCAAAAGCAAUAUGUGUGCAACUUUGAAGGCUGUAACCAGUCUUUCAAGAAACAUCAACAACUAAGAGUUCAUCAGUGUCACCACAACAAUGAACCCCCCUUCAAGUGUAAUUAUGAAGGAUGUGGAAAGUGCUUUUCUAUUCCAAGUCUACUAAAGCGGCAUGAGAAGGUACAUGAAGGCUAUGUAUGCAAAAAAGAAAACUGUUCAUAUACUGGAAAAACUUGGACAGAGCUUCUCAAACAUAAUAAAGAAAGUCAUACAGAGCCAAUAGUUUGCAGUGAGUGUUACAAGACUUUUAAAAGGAAAGAUUACCUCAAGCAGCAUAAAAAGAUACAUGCUGCGAAGAGGGAAGUCUACCUAUGCCCGAGAGAAGGAUGUGGGAGAACUUACACAACUGCAUUUAACCUUCAAAGCCAUAUCCUCUCUUUUCAUGAGAACGAAAGACCAUUCUCUUGUGAUUAUCCAGGCUGUGGAAGAGUGUUUGCAAUGAAGCAGAGCCUAGUAAGGCACACAGUUGUACACGAUCCUGAAAAGAAAAAGCUGAACUUGAAAGAAAAUCAUUCUCGUCCAAAGAGGAGCUUAGCCUCUCGUCUGAGUGGCUACAUUCCUCCUAAAAAGCAGCCAGAAAAGGAUACGGUUGUGACAGAAAGCAAGACAACGGAUAAGCCCAUGGAAAAUGAAAUUCCGACUGUUGAAAUUCUGACUCUUCAGUAA